AAAAAUAGCGAUCACAUUGUGCUAAUUAAAAUCAGCUGUUAUGUGCAGAAAAGUGCGCAUUUAAAGCAAAAUGAGUUUUUUGAAACAUCUAAAUUCAAGAUUGAGUUAUUUUGCUCAAAUUGGGAAACGCAUGUUCAGUUCGUCCCACUGCAAAAAUGAAAAGCCAAUAUUGUACUCAUAUUGCCUCAGUUCAUGCUCAUGGCGAGUACGUAUUGCGUUGGGGCUGAAAAAUAUUUCAUAUGACCUUAAACCAACUAGCUUGCUCAAGACGGAUGCAGUUCACAGCUAUACUCCUGAGUAUCGGGAAUUGAAUCCAAUGCAGCAAGUGCCGGUGCUUCAAAUUGAUGGGCAAACGCUUUGCGAUUCUGUGGCGAUAAUGCACUAUCUGGAAGAGACUCGAAAGGACACCUUGAUAUUGCCACAGAAUCCGCAAGGUCGAGCCAAAGUGCGUGAAAUAGUUGAAAUAAUAUGCUCUGGUAUUCAACCUCUUCAAAAUCGCCUUGUAUUGGCUCACCUAGGUAAAGAAAAAAGCAUCGAAUGGGCCCAGCAUUGGAUAACCCGCGGAUUCACAGGACUGGAAACGGUAUUGUCGUCGUCAUCUGGAAGAUAUUGUGUCGGUGAUGAGAUCUCCAUGGCUGAUUGUUGCCUUGUCCCACAAGUGUUCAAUGCCAGACGAUAUCAUGUAAAUUUGGAUCCCUAUCCAACAAUUUUGAGAAUCAAUGCAAAUUUAGAAAGCGAACAAGUUGUCAUUGACAGUCACCCACGCAAACAACCAGACUAUCCAAAAAAUAGUUUGAAAGACCCAUACAACUGUUAAAUGUUUUUUACUGAUUGUGAUUGUAUAGUAGUUAUAUUCAAUGAGGUUUACAGAUAAAGCUAAAUUAAAAAUCAACUGCAAAUAAAUUCCGAUAUAAAAGUCACAAGUCAA